AUGUCCUCAGCUUCCGAGGUCUCUUGGGAAGUUUCCUUCCUUCAGGUUCAGACCAGCACAGCAGAUGCUGCCACGGAUACUCUCUAUGCCAAUGGUCACAUGCAGGUCCCUGUUAUUGUUACCAUCAAAGCCAUUGAUCCUGAAUCAGCCUCAACAUAUGAGCUGAAGGAUUCAGACCUCAAAAAUAUCAAAUUGAUUGACUACGACGAUGAGAACCCAGCUACGGAAAUAUCGGGAUCGUGGAGUUACUCAGCCACAGAAAACGAAUUCGAGCACGCAUUGCCAACCUCGAGAAAAGAGCCCCAGCCGGACUUAUCCCUCGCGGAUGGGGACCCUCAAAGAAAGCGCUACUGGGUUACAACGACAAAGAUCGAAAACAAAAGGAUUGGAGCCAGCAUUCAACAGCCUGAUGGUACUGUUGUACAUACCGCGAGUGCAGCCUUUGAUUCAAAAGUUACUCUCCGGGGUAUAAACCCAGAGACGUAUACAAAGGAUGAUUUGAAUCUUGAAAGAAAUGAUACCGCCAACGGCGAUUUUUACUCUCCAAACUAUCAUUGGUACUGGGAUCAGGACAAUUAUUUUCUCACCAGCACGAAAUACGAAUUCCGAAAGGUUGAGCUGUAUAGUUAUGAUGGUGGUAGCAGUGACCCAUACCUGAAAUAUUCAACUGGUUUUUUCUCGGUCCAUGCGCCUUGCAACAUAUUCUAUUAUUGGCCAAUGGGCUCCCAAGAGACGCGUACAGUGGGGAGGGGGCUUAUGACAACUGAGAUUACAAUAAAUCAAAGGCUCAACGCCAUGUGCUGUACCCGUAUGAUGUUCACUGGUGCAAAUCCAUGGGAAGAGAGUCAUUAUUGGGAGGGUAAAUUUACUAUCUACGAUAAAUUUGGCAAUUUUGGCACUUUUUUCAUGGGUUAUGAUGAAGAUCGCAACCAGAUGCAAAUCUUAACUAAGAAAUAUGAGGGUUAA